AUGGAGCCCGACUUCAUAACGCGAAAGUCCAUCUGUUUGGGCCAGCCGCUGCCCCCAAAUGUCGUUGUCCACGACAGUGAUCCAAACUUCGGUCCCGGCAUGGAGCGCCUGUAUCCCUCGAGCGUCGAGAGUAACAUUUUGGAAGAGCUGGUUAUACUCAAGGCCAAGCUACGGUUGUGCAACAACGACGACUUCUGGUCCUUUGUUUCUGAGCGCAUGGCCGAAAUCCUAGGAGCACAGCUCUCUUUCAUCGCCAAACGUAUUCUGGUCGACGAACAAGACUCGGCCAUCGAGAUGCCUCCUAUCGGAGAGCCUGGCUCUUGUCUGAUGGCAAGUGCUUGGUACUACAAUGACGGCAAGGGUCUGCAGGGCGUCGACAAAGGCUUCAAAUACCACGCCUACGGCUGUCCAUGUUCCUACAUGCGUCAUGACAAGGUCUUUGUCGUUCCCGAAAAAGUCAGCGAAAUGUUCGCCAACAACCCGAACAAGUUGCCUGUCUCUGCCGAAGCUUACAUUGGCGUCCCUCUCUUUGCUGACGGCAAGUGUUUUGCCCACUUUGGCGUCAUCUGGUCUGUCGAGGGCGCCGCAAAAAGGAAAGUUUCGUGGGCUUUUAUCGAAAUGUUUAUGCAUGCUCUGGAGGACCAAAUUUUGGAACGCUUGCUUGAAGGCACCGAGUUCAAAGACAAAGCAGAAGCCAACAGAGAUUUGCCGCGUGUCAUUCCGCAUGAAAUCAUCACCGCUGCCCAAUCUUUACAGCCAUACGCAAAGAGCCUGUCCCAUGAACUAAGGACACCAAUGCAAGGUGUGGUUGGUAUGCUUGAUGUCAUGUACGCCACUGUCCAAGAAGCCGCUGAAGGCCAGACAAAUGCAGAUGUUCGUAGAGUCUUCGAAACACUAAAGGAGAACAUUGAGACAGUCCAAGAUUCCUCGCGCCGUGCUGUUGAGGCUGCUGACAACGUCGUACAUGCCUACGACAUGAACCUAGGCAUCCCCACGGGACCUCCCAUAGACGAAGAACACAUGGACGGUUUCCCUGACAUGAACCACGCUUCCCAUCCCGAGAUUCUUGUUGCCGGAAGUGAUUUGCCCAUCUCGAGACCUAACAAGCGCCGUCGGGAGGAGCCCAGGAGUGAACCGGAAGGAAGCCCGACGAAAGUUCAGGCAACUCUUUCUGCUCGUGCAGCAAAAGCCUCUCCUACCGAAGGCAUCAAUUCAGGCCUUCAAGAAGCUGAAGAUCUCCCAGCAAGCGCUGCCCAACAAACGAUGCCUAUGAGCCCUCGGCCUAUGAUUGCUGCUCUACAGGGUGAUCGCGCCAUCGCUCCUGGUGUCAGACACACAAAUCUCCGCAGGGUUCUGCAAUAUGUUGUGAACGAGGGCUUGAAGGUUGGAGGGAGACCUGAUUCUGCUAUCGCUCAAGAAACAUAUCUCGGCGAGAUCAUCGAAGUGUGUACGAGAUCAGCAAAGGGUGAGCCUAGGACGAAACUCAUUGAGUGGUCUGUGGACUCUGCCGUGCCCGAAACAAUACUCGCCGAUGAGAAAGACCUUGCCAAGCUCAUCUCAUGCGUUUUCCUGAACGCUACCAAAUUCACACAGCAAGGAAACAUCACCCUCACAGCAAAGCUAAGCCCGAAACUCAGAUACAUCGUCAUCAAGUGUACUGACACUGGCCCUGGCAUUCCUGCAGCUUUCCUUCCACGUCUUUUUCAGCCAUUCUCACAAGAAGAUCCUUCUCUCACUCGUCAAAGUGAAGGACUUGGUCUCGGUCUUUUGGUGGCCAAAGGUCUAGCGCGAAAGCUUGGAGGAGAUCUUUUCUGCAUACGCGCAGACACUACUGGACCCAAGCGAGGCACGGAGUUUGAGAUGAGAAUUCCUCUCAGAGCUGGUGACACUACCACUCGACCUCCAUCGCCAUUCGGCACACCAUCACACAACAGAGUGCGCCAUUCAAACUCAGUAGAUUCUGACGGUCGCCCCUCUCCCAUGCCUAACUUCAGUACAUCGCAUACUCGCACUCGAAGCGACAACUCCAACAAGGACCUACCCUCUCCGGACGAGAAGCCUGCUACUGGUGAAUCAUCUGCAGCACCUGCUGUCAGGAGUCCUCCAGUACUCAAACACACCCACUCCUUCUCCGUGCCGUCGUUCCCGCAGAAGCAAUCAAGCACUGCUGGACGCAAGUCAUCGGCCAGCCUCAACAGUAUCGACCGCAACUUGGCUGUCAAAUAUCCCUUGAAUUUCCUCGUAGCAGAGGAUAAUAAAAUCAACCGCAAGCUUCUUGUUAGCAUGCUCAACAAGUUUGGCUACAAGACGGUGAUCGAAGCAUAUGACGGUGCCGAGGCCGUGCGACUGAUGUCAAAGAACCCAACAGUUGACGUUGUGCUCAUGGACCUCUGGAUGCCCUUCAUGGACGGUUACGAAGCCACCGAAAAAAUCCUCGCCAUGAGCCAUGGCAAGAACGGCGUUUGUGGCGGUACACCGACCGUUCUGGCCGUGACGGCGGACGUGACCGACGGAGCCCUUGAGCGGGCUGCCAAGGUCGGUAUGAAGGGGUUCAUGACAAAGCCAUUCAAGCUCAUGGACCUCCAACGUCUGAUUCUAGAAUACUGCGCUCGCAGCGGAAGUGAAGUUGAAGGUGGAGAGUGA